GAACGGUGCACAGUCCGUUAUGUAGUUGUAUUAUCUUGUUGUCUUUCCGAGUUUUAUGUUGUUUUUUUUUACUUUUAUCGGUUUAAAUUGAUGUUUUUCCUGAAGCUAAAUCGCUGCUGAGCUAAAGCUAAAAAUGUGGAAGAGAGGCUCGUCUGAAAACUCGGACCGGUUCGAAUAUUUACAGACUUUAGUCACUGAAUUUCAGGACACCGACAGUGAAGAGGCAAAGGAGCAGGUGCUUGCCAAUCUGGCUAACUUUGCAUAUGACCCAAACAACAUGGACUAUCUGAGGGAGCUGCAAGUGACUGACCUGUUUCUGGACAUGCUCACUGAGGAGAACGAGAACUUUGUGGAGUUUGGGAUGGGGGGGUUGUGUAACCUGAGCAUGGACCCUGAAUGCAGAGACGUCAUCCUGCAGAACGGCGGCAUCAGCUUGGUCACAAACUGUCUGUCAAGCCGCAGGGAGGAGACCGUCCUGUCAGCCGUCACUAUACUCAUGAACCUCACCACGCCAUCGUCACGUUCUGAGAUCACUGACCCGGCCAUCCUGCAGUGCAUGCUGCGUUUCUCCCUCUCAGAGAGCCCCCGCCUCAGAAACUUGGCUGCUGUGUUCUUACAGGACUGCUGCAGUGAGGAGCAGGUGGCUCGAGCGGAGCAGCAGAUGCAGGGACAGCAGAGCGCAGUCGGUAUCCCGCUGCCUAAAGACUGAGCUACAGCUGAGGAAUUCAUGUGGGAGAUCUUCAAAGAUUAUGGACCUGUUUGCUCUCUGUGAGAGGAAAAUCACUAUUUUUAGCUUUAUGGUAAAGGGUGGGACUGUACUGUUGGACAUUUUGAUAAAAUGGGUUUAUUACCUCUAGUAGAAUUUCUUCCACUCUUCUGGUGUGAAUUUUUCAACCACUACAGAAAAGCUGAGGUCUGACAUGACUUGUUUGAAGACAUUAAAAUCAUGUCUGUGCAGGAUUUUCAACAUAAACUGGGAGAACUGUUUCUAUAUGAGGCUACACUGAUGCACAGGGGGCUUUUUCAUGAUAGCACAGGAGAGUAAAACUGUCGGAACAAGUGGUAUCAAAUGAGUAAUGCAAGGUUAAAGCACUGAUUCUACAUUAUUAUCUUUAAAGUAAUCACCAUUUUAUAUACAUUUUGCACUUAAUACAUUUAUUUCCCUUUAGAUGCAGGCCAUCAAAUAGAACUUCAGAGCAGAUGCAUGGAUUAAAGUGCUGUUCUCCUUGCUGCCACAUGAGGGUGACUGGAUACGUUUGAAAUUAAAGGCUGUUAUUGGCCACACAUUAUGAGUUCUUUAAGGAUUAACACGGAUAAUUACUAAUGAACAAAAACAGCACUUGUACAGUUCAAUCACAAUGAAUACGCCGCUGUUUGCCAAAAAAAUGUACCAGGAGAGAAGCUGCUAAAGCUCACUGGCUGUGCUUUUGCCUAUUUUUCCCUAAAAUGUAAAUUCCUUUGGCUUUGAGCAAAAUUCCUCAGACCUGCUGUGGAUAUUGGAGUGAGUUAAAACAAAUUAUUAGAUUCUUGCACUUGGCGCUUUGUAAAAAUCCUGAAACAUUAAAUCUGAUCCCAAAAUAUGUCAAAUAAAGAAACGUUAAAUAAACUCUGCGGUUCCCUGUUAAGAGCCAGGAGCUUUGUUUGUUUUCCUCUGGACUUUUAGGAGCUAUUUCUGGGCUGAGUCCUUCAGGUCUAGACAGAAGACGACAUCCGAUCCUGCAGAGCAGCGCCAGGUUGGACUGCACAUGAAGCUCGAUCAGACUCCAGAGGAAAUUCUUUACAGCUUUGAGUGUGUGCUUCUGUGAUAUUUUCUCAUUUUUGGGAUCCCACAGAGUU